AUGUAUCUUUCCCGGUCUCGUUCUGGGAUGGAAACGGCGAUGGGGUCGGCAUCUUUCGCGCGGCAAGCACUGACCGUGGUCCUCGCGCUGGCCUGCGUCACACUCUGCGCGGGGUCACAGGGCGACUUCUCCAACUCCCUGCAUUUUGUGCGGAAAGCUCCCAAGGGGCACUUGCCUGCAACUCACACUCGUCUGGCCAGGCACCCCUCGGCUGGGCCUUCAGCUCCGGAGCAGAUCCACAUCUCCCUGGCGGGCCCUGGGGCGGUCGCGGUGAACUGGGUGACCCCCGGCCCGGAGACCUCCAGCUCGCACAGCAUCCUGCACCGACUGAGCCGCCACCUCCCCAUCCAGCUGCGGCAUGCGCGGCUGGGGAGGCGGCUGUGCCCCGGCACCUCCAUUGUGCAGUACGGGCUCGAGUCGGGGGUGUACACCAGCCAGGCCAGGGGCGCAGUCCCCACCUGUUACUCUGUUGGGGACUACGACUCUGGGGUGCUCCACGAGGUCGUCAUUGGGCUGGACGGUCCCCUCCCAGCCAGCACCGAUAUCUUUUACCGCGUGAGCGGGUCUGGGGCGGGCGUGUGGAGCGAGGAGUAUGCCUUCACCACCCCACCCCCCGUCGGGCCCGCCAGCCUACCGUACAGGCUGGGCGUGAUCGGCGACCUCGGUCAGACCGAGGACUCGCUGGAGACGCUGGAGCACAUGGUGGCUUCCGGCCCAGCCUCUGUCAUGCUGGUGGGCGACCUGUCUUACGCCGACGGCGACCACGAGCGGUGGGACACCUGGAACCGCAUGGUGUCGCCGCUGACGUCGCGCAGCGUGUGGAUGUUCACCGAGGGCAAUCACGAGCGCGAGCGCGCCUCGGGCGUGCCCAGCUGGCUGGCCUACACCUCCCGCUUCCACCUUCCCCACGCCGCCUCCGGGUCGGGUUCGCCGCUGUACUACUCGUACGACCUGGCGGGCGCCCACGUGGUCAUGCUCGGCUCCUACACCGACCACGGCGCGGACUCGGACCAGGCGGAGUGGCUGGCCGCCGACCUGGCGGCCGUGGACCGCGCCCGCACGCCCUGGCUCCUGGUCAACAUGCACGCGCCCUUCUACAGCUCCAACCUGAACCAUCUGCGCGAGGCGGAGGCCAUGCGCGUCAGCAUGGAGACCCUGCUGCGCCAGCAUGCCGUGGAUGUGGUCUUCGCGGGGCAUGUGCACGCGUACGAGCGCAGCUACCACGUGUACGACGGCGCGCCCGACCCCUGCGCGCCCAUCUACAUCAACAUUGGGGACGGCGGGAAUCGCGAGGGACCGGACACUCACUGGCUGCCGCGCCCCGACUGGUCUGCCUGGCGCGAGCCCAGCUUCGGGCACGGCACCCUGGACCUCCUCAACUCCACGCACGCACAGUGGCGCUGGGUGCGGAACAAGGACUCCGUCACGGCGGUGGACGCCGCCGACGCGGUCACCCUGGUGCGCAGUGAGUGCCACAUGGACCGCGGCGCGGUCGAUCGGGCGGCAGCUGCUGCCUGA